GCAUUAACUCUCCACAAGCUUUAAAGAAAAUUCUUUCAUUAUCCGAAGAAGGAAGCUUGGACCGUCACAAGAAACAAUCUGACGACACGAUAUCCAGUGCAUCUUCCCAGCUGUCUUCUCCUCCCACUUCCCCACAGAGUUCUCCAAGGAAAGGCUAUACCCUGGCUCCCAGCGGCACGGUGGAUAACUUUUCCGACUCUGGCCACAGUGAGAUUUCUUCCAGAUCCAGUAUUGUCAGCAAUUCCUCGUUUGACUCCAUGCCAGUCUCCCUGCAUGACGAGAGGAGGCAGAGACACUCUGUCAGCAUCGUGGAGACCAAUCUUGGCGUGGGGAGGAUUGACAGAAGAAUCAUGAUUGAACCAGAUCAAUACAGCUUAGGCUCGUACGCGCCGCUGUCGGAGAGCAGAGGCCUCUACGCCGGAGCCACGGUGCUCUCGUCGCCGAGCACGGAGGAGCUCUCGCAGGACCAGGGGGACAGAGCCUCCCUGGACGCCGCCGACAGCGGCCGCGGCAGCUGGACUUCUUGCUCGAGCGGCUCCCACGACAACAUCCAGACCAUCCAGCACCAGAGGAGCUGGGAGACGCUGCCCUUUGGACACGGCCAUUUCGAUAGCGCGGGCGACGGGGCCGCCCUGUGGGCCCCGGGCAGCCACGUGGAGCAGCUCAUGUUCCCCGAGCACGGCACAAAGUAUGGCAGGCCGAGCCAAGGUAGGGAGGGCCUCGAUCAAGCACAGUCCAGAGCGAGCUGGGCAUCCUCCACAGGCUACUGGGGAGAGGACUCGGAAGGUGACACAGGCACCAUAAAGCGGAGGGGUGGGAAGGAUGUUGCAAUGGAAGCUGAAACCGGUAGUUUAACAUCCGUAACCGCGGAGGAGUCCAGAGCAGCUCCCGUGCCCGCUCACGGAGCGGUGUCGUCGAGUAGCGCAAAGGGCCUGGCGG